AUGUCCCAAAGUUUCAGCAAGUUACGUGUGCCCUCAGCACAUCUCACCGAUGCAUUUGGCUGUGCAGUUGCUGUGGCCAAUCAAUCGCGAUGCCGUGCUUCUGUGAUGCAUCGAGUGCCGAUGGAUGACAGGUUCCCACGUGUACAAAAGCGGAGAGUCCACUCGCGAAGGAGCCAGAGACACAACGGAUUCUCGCCAACAACGUUCGGAGUGCUAGCUUGCACGGCAUGUCUUGGCUUUGCGCAGUGCUGGGUGGGAUUGUCGGUGAAGGCAAUCGUUCGACCAGGACCUCGUCCGGUGGCCAGCCUACGACCUCGAGUUUCUCCACGGCGGAGCGGUCGUGCUGGCAGCCGCGCGGACUUUAUUCCAACUGCAGAGGCUCCAUUUUUGACGCCGACCGUGCAGCCACUGCUCCUCAGCCCUGACGGUGAGCGUACUGCUCGAUUCGAAUUCUGCGAACCAGGCAUCGUGAUUCGCGUGGAGACAGCACCAUCGUUCGGAAGCCAGGAAGGCGCGCAGCGUGCAGCGAAGCGGAAGGUGGAGCGAAUCACAAUCAUCCCGAGGGACAAGGUCGGCAUCAUGGGCGUUCGAGAUCUUUUCUGGCUGGAUAGCGGGAGCUUCCUCAUCACAGGCUACGAGGGACCCAGUGGACGUUUCUAUGGUUGGAUUGCUGACCUUCGCGAGGGCAAGGCGUCGGUGAUCCGAAUGCCAAGCAACGAGGCCAAUUUCUUCGUUCCGUUGGGUCGUUCGGGCUUGCCCAUGAUUCGGACUGCCGACUCUCCGGAGGUGCUCGUGGGAUUCACCAUGCCCGAUGGAGCAAGCACCAGCUUUUCCUGGGCAUGGUGCAGCACGCCUUCUGGUGACACUGCUGAUGCUGGCGAUGGUGUGCUGCCGACGGGCGAAUGGCGAGAAGUCGCCCUGUCGAAGGAUGGGGUCAUAGAUGCGGUACUGCUGUCGAACGGCACUGUUCUUCGGCAGAGUGCAGAUGGCUGGCUGGAUCUUGGUGUCCUGAGCCUAGAUCCAGAAGCCCUGAGUGCAUCUCUGACUUUACAACCUCUUCUGCCACAAGAGCACUUGGUAUCUACCACGCCUCACGGUGCCAUCGUCAUCGACACUGCUGCUGUCGGCAGCUUGCCGGAGCAUUACCCGCAACCCGAGGAUUUGGCUUCGGAUAUUACGAAGCCCUCUGACGAAGACCUCGCUACCUGGAUCCUUGAACAAGCUGUGUUGCGGCAGACCUCAGCUUUGGUGCGGCUGUCCGCUGGAGACGUGCCUCAACCAAUUUUUGUGCAUCCCUUUUGCGACGUCGUUGCGAGUGGAGUGUGGAUCAAUCCGGAGACAGAAGAUGUUGAGGCGGUGUCGGUGCAAGACCUGAAGCCCAAGACCUAUAGCCUCUCACAAGAGCAUGAGGGUAAGCUCCAGUCGCUUCGGAUCCACCUUCCCGACAAAAUUCAGCUCUACGAUGUUGACGUAGCAACAGCUGGAAUGGAGCUGGUUGUGAAAGGCGGCAUGUUCACAUGGUUGGGACGGCGUGCUCUCCCGACCAGAGGUGCCGCUCUCAACUCUGCAGCAGCUGCUUUGAAGCCGACGCUGGAGGGUCACAGGAUACAUGCAACCAGCGGCACGAGUGUGCCCGCAUAUCUUCUGCUUCCGUCAGAAGGAGCGGCAGCCUUGGUGGUACGGUUGCAUGAUGGACCCGAUCUUCGCGAUAGCUGGGGUACGGACAGUUUCGAUGCAUGGCUCCUCAGUCGAGGGUAUGGCAUUUUGAAGGUGAACUACCGAGGUUCUGCAGGGUUUGGGAAAGUUUGGCGUGCCAGCCGUGGAUUUGCGGAGGAUAUUACUCGCGCCGUUGAGUGGGCGAUGGUUGAGAGAAAAGUACUGGGCAAAAAUUCAGCUGGAGAGCUGCCACCGGUGGCACUCCUGGGCAGCUACUUUGGUGCGUAUGCUGCGCUGCACACAGCGUCCAGGCUGAGAGACUGGACAGCCUGCGUUGUGGCCAUUGCACCACAGCAAGUUGCUCCUGGAGGAGUAUGGUCAGAACCAUACCUUCCUAGUCAAAGCGCAGAGUCAGAUGACAACCUCGAGCCUGCAGGUCUUGUCGGAGACCUGCAAGGUUUGGCCAUGAUGUUGGUCGAGUAUGAACGUGAUGAUGCGAAUGGUCCGCUUGCUACAAAUUUGGUCCCGGUUGGUUGUGACCCUGAAGACUGGCCACGCUCAUUGCAAUAUGUGCAAUAUGCUGGAGAGCGGAAAGGAGGCGGAGUGGUGCGGCAAAACAUGUUGGACUUGUACCGACGCAUGGAUUCCUUCCUACACGAGCAGCUCGGCGGGCGCACAGGACCGCGAGGUUUGCGCAAAGAAAGCUUCGUCGACGAGGUGCCCUUCCUGUCGGCAGCUCUUUUGCCUGCAACGGUGGGAUCCAGCUCGGCUUCGGCAGAGAGCAUUGAGUUGGGCUUGGAGACCGUGCUGCGAAAGACAAAGGGUGAUGAGAUUGCUGAUGCGCUCCCCGAGCUACGAUCAGCGUUUGGUACACCUGCUGGGGUUGGCUUCUCCGUCGCAGGCAAGGCAGCCAAACAGGUUGGCAAGCGCUUGGAAAACAUGUUGGUAGCGCCCGCUUCUCGUGUGGUCGUGCGUGAUGACGGAACGAUCGAGGUCACCGUGGCUUUCGCUGAGGCACCGCAGAAGCUCCAUGUCUUGUUGUCAGAAGUCUGGAUGCACAUUCGAGCUGAAAACUUGGGAUUUACAUUGGCAUUGCCGCGGCAACCGAAACCGGGCCAGCGAAUCCAAGCAUUCGCCCUGCCCAGUGGCACUGCCUUUCAUUUCGAGAUCGCAGCGGAGGCAACCGUUGGCGCCGUGGAGAACUUCAACUACUGGGCUGCUCGGGGCAGCAGUUUGCUGGACCUCGUGCUGCCGGAGGAUCUAGCUGGUGCCGCUGUCCUGGUCCCCACCAUUCCCGAAUGA